AAGUAGCGACCUGGUUUUCACUGAAGACAAGCAGAAACCCGCAGGAAAGGUGUGUGAGCGAGGCUUCACACAGGAGAGUAAGCGACUUUAAAACAAAUCCUUCCACUCUGAGUGUAAUUUCACUGAACUGCAGCUCAGUUAAAAGCGGAAAGGAUGGCUGGCGAAGCGAGGACGAUCCGAGUGAGCGGUCUGCCCGUGGACGUUUCUGAAAAUCGGCUCAUAGACAAACUUCAGAUCCAUUUCCUGCGUAAAAAGAACGGCGGAGGUGAGAUCAGCUCGGUCACGGUUUCCAAAACGGUGCCUGGUACAGCCUUCGUCACGUUUGAGGAGAGCGAAGUUGCCUCCAGACUCGCUCAGAGAGGAAAUCAGGUUUUGAAGGUCAAUGACAAAAGCUAUGCCAUCACCAUCAGUCUUCAUCAUGAAGAAGUGGAUGCAGAUCAAGUCCUGCUGUGUAUGUCGGUGGUGGUGAACCACAGGAAGCUCCCGGGAGGAAAAAACACUCUUUUGGUUUUGCAUAAAAGUUUUCCAGAAGUCCAUUUGAUUUUCGACGAUCAGAAAGACCUCUGCACUCUGAAAGGACGCUACAGCGAGGUUCAGUCGCUCAGCAGCCUGGUGCUGGGAUCGCUGGACAAACAGGACCAACACUCAAAUUAUAAACCACAACCAAAGACAGAAAGCAAAAAGAUGUAUAACUCACCCAUGGAGGAGUCUUUCAGCAGCCACGUGGGGGAAGUUGAAGACAUUGGGGUAGUAAAACACACCAUGCUGAGUGAAGAUUUGGAUCCAGACCUGGAGAGUAAAAGCUGGAGAACAGGUUUACCUCUGCCAAGUAGUUACAGUGAUCACGCUUCAUAUGCGGCUUUAAAGGAAGACAAAUGGGACUCAGCACCAGAUAUUGGAACUUCGCUUGAAGACUUUUCCCUGAUUGUUGAUUCAGAUAUCUUCAGUUAUCUCCAUAAAUACUGCUUCAAGGAGUACCAAAGCAUCCUCAGGCAGCACAGGGUAGAGGUUCUGGAUGUGAAUUGUGACGACAUCACGACUUUGUAUCUCAAACCAAAAACAGCCCUGUCUGAAUAUAACAUAAGUUCUGUUCAAAAUGCCCAUCGAGAUCUGGCACAUCUGUACCAGCAGAAAGAGUCGCAGUUACGCAAGGAGCAUGUUUAUAAGCAUGGAAUUCCAGAGAAGGAACUCAGACUUGCUCUGGAGUCCCUUAGGAAGAGGCUGCCGAAGCUGAUGAUCAAUGAAGAGGACAGAAAUGUGUAUAUGGUUGGAAGUAAAAGUGACGUAUCUGAAGCCAAGCAGUUUAUUGGAGAUAUGCGAGGGUUUGGGAUGGAGAAAGAAAUCCACUCAGAUGUUCUGUUUGUUCAAUCCAAGAGUACCUUCUCGAAACAAGGAAGCUCAGCAUCAUCAGAGCCGUCGGGCAUCCUUCCACCAUCGUUUCAGGAUUCUCAUGAUCUAUUCAUGCCAAAGAAGGACCUCCAAGAUGCAAACCAAAGAGGGAUUCCUAGUGAGAAUGCUAGCAAGAGAAGACAGAAUUCUGUGGAAAUGAAAAAUUUCGAAGACCAUUCACCCACUGGACAAUUUACCUUCCCAAGUCAAAGAAUCGAGAAGUCGACAGAAGACAUAUUCGAUUUGAAAAAAACUGAAGUUUCACAAGAGAGACAUGUCCCAAGUGAUCUAGAAUGGUUGAAGCCUGGUGGUUGGCCUGACAGAAAUAAAUACACAGAUUCUCUCUUUGACUCUUCCAAGUCCUCAGCGCCACUCUCCAUUUUGGAUACAGACAAAAAAUUAUUCAGUAAGUCAGACUUCAUUUCAGGCAAAACUGAACUCCCAAGCCAUUCAGACACACAACUCAAGUCAGGUAAAGGAUACAAGACCAAACAAAUUGAGCCUGGGAAGGAACGAAAAAUGGCUGCCAAUUUUAGUAGUGAUGUGUGCAGUGGCAUAAAGGAUUUAACGUCUUACAAAUCGGAAACUCCCAAACUGGUUGAAGGUGCACAUGUAAAAGAAUUAAAGUUUCCUGAUAGUGGACAGCCACACUCUCUUCCCUUUAUCAAGCCAUCAAUGAAUAGCAAUCUGGAUCCAAACACCUUACGUGGUAGUACAAGUGCAAAAACCAGCAUUGGCAAGAUGGAUAUCCAAGAACUAAAAAGUGACCCAUCAAAAUUUGGUCACUUUCCAUAUGACAAGAAACCUACAGUGACUCCAGCUUGUUUGAGUGGAGACCAAGAUGUCAAAAGUCUCCCCAUCAUGCCUUCAGAAUCAACCCUGAGAAGGUCCAAUAGCUUCAGUGGCAGGCUCAAAAAAGGUGAGGAACCAACGCAAUUAGCUGUAGAUCCAUCUGCUGGACAAAAGGGAAUAAGCCAAAAUUCUCAGACAAGGGAAAUUGUGACUAUGGAUUUAGUAUUGUCGUUUAGACUGUGGCUCUAUCUUACAUCAGUUUUUAAUACUGAAAUUGAGAAUUUGACAUCUGACCUACAAGUGAAAGAAAAAGGGGGUAAGGAAGACAUCACAUUAUGUCUAAGAGGUGUAGACUCGGGAAAGGUGAGUGAAUGUCACAACGGUUUGAAGAGUCUCAUUGCUAGAGUUGAAAUGGACUUUGACACAAGAACACUACCACUGUCCAAGCUUGGAGUGUCAGACAGCAAGGAUAAGACCUUGCUAGAGUUGUGUACAUUAAUGAAGCAGCGCUAUAAGAUGGCUAAAAUUCUAGUAAUGUCCAAGGAUAUGAUGAUCCUAGGCCCUAAAACAUUGUGUGAUGAGGUAGAGGCCAAUAUAAUGAAGUUUUUCCAUAAAGGGGGAAAUACUGCAAAUUCAAAGCCGGAGAACAAGAAGUCUCCCAACCCAGAUAGUUUACAUACCAACAAAGCACCUGACAGUGAUUUAAAAUUACUUGGCAGCCAGUCGACAACCUCAGCAAAACCACAUACCGACAUCAUUAUGAAAGAUCUAUCCAAAAUGUCUGACCAAAGUGUUGCUCGUUCCUCAAAAAGGGAACGAGCAACUAACCAGACUAACCAAACUAGAGACAACCGAGAACAAGACAAGCAAAGUGGGAGCCAGAACAAGAUGAAAGAAGAAAAGUUGGAACAUUUGGAUAAGAAAGAUCCAAAUACCUUGCUGCAGGGAGAUGGUAGGACCAUGAACAAUGAGAAUGGAGGCACCUCAUCUGGCACCAUCAUCAAUUCCACCACAAAAGACAAAGCAGGUGGUGAGAAUAACAAAGACCAUACAAGCACCACUGGUCAGAGCAAGGAAACCUUAACUGAACAAAUGAACCCAGGCAUUUCAGUGGACCAAAUCAGAGAUUCUCAGGGGUCACCUGAAGUUUCAGGACCCAUGAAUGACAUACUGCCAUCCCAUGCAAGUGGAAAUCAGAACCUUCUUUUAUGCUAUGUGUGUGAAAAAGAGUACAGCACUGUUAAACAGGCAGUAUGUGGCUAUAACUUUUGCCCCGAGUGUGACAAAGAAGUUCACAACAACUGCAGAAUCUGUUCUGCCUCUGGUAUCAAAGGUACCAUGUCUAUUCAAGAAUCAACAAUAACAAUUCCUGGAUUUAACAGAGACACAACUCUGAGGAUUAUCUACGAUAUACCUGACGGUAUUCAAGGGGAGGAUCAUCCCUGCCCAGGGGCACCUUUUAAAGGGAACAGAUUUGAAGCCUUUUUACCUCAUAACAAAGCCACUAAAAAGCUUCUGCCUCUUCUGGAGAAAGCUUUUCACAAAGGACUCACCUUCACCGUGAAAGCAGGAUCUUCAGAUGACGAUGGAAGAGUGGUUUGGGGCAACAUUCCUCAUAAAACCAGGACAGAAGGGGGCGCAUCUAUGAAUGGCUAUCCGGACUUUAACUACAUCAAACGCUUGGAAGUGGCGCUGACGGCAGCAGGAGUCGAAGAAUAAAUUCUUUCCAUGACUGUUUUUUAUCACACCUUGUUCUCACGACUCGGAAUUGUGUAGAGAAUCCUUCAUAAUUCUUGCAGAUUUAUUGCUUAGAUCACGCCACCAAGCUUCAGAGCUCAGUUUCCUGUCGUCUUCUCCCCAUGUCCGUGUGGUUUCCUCUGGGUUCUCCGGUUUCCUCUGUGCAUGGAGUCCUGUGAUGUACUGCCGUCCCGUCUGGGGUGUAUUCCUGCUCUGCACCUAGCGUUCCCGGGAUAGGCUCCAGAUCCUCGGAUAUAGCGAAGAUGAAUAAAUUGAUUUAUACUUUUAUACAUUAGCAUUUAAAAUAUUAUACUUUUGAAAUAUUUAGUAUUUUAUUACUCCUGUUUACACUUCAGAAACACAGGUUUGGCAGUAACGCCAAAGUGAAGUGCACUAGUGUGCAGCAGUGCCUUCUGGGUAAGCUGUAUCUGUACUUGUAAAGAGAUUUCCAAAGUCCUCUAGCACAGAUUACUCCACAGAUUUUUAGCAGUUUGCGUUUCCUUACAUUGUGUUAACUAAUGACUAAUAAAACAAUAACACUAUCCAUAAGAGGGAUGAGUGGAAGUGAACAUUAAAAACAUUGGAAUGCAGCCGCAAUCUUCAGAGUUUCGAUCUAAAAUUACUGAAGUGAUUUACUGUUUGAAAUUAACAGGAUGAAUAAUUCAUCACGGUAUGUACCUGAUAUAUCAAAUACAGCCGGUUUGAGUGUAAAUAUGUAAAAAACAAACAGGAAAUAUUGUGAAUUAUGGGACCUGGACAUGUUGACAGUAGGCUAGUAAUUAAAAUGACAGUGGUUUAAGGAUUAAAAUGAUUAGAUAUAAUAGUAAUAGUAAUAUAUACUGUAUGUAAAGAGGAUUUAAAGACAUUGUUAUGUUUAUUUCCAUGAUUGUGUUUCUGUUUUAACUGAAUAAAAACGUCUGUCUUAGA